GAGAGCAGUGCUCCGGUCCGCGUCCGUGGGAACGAGUCCGCGUCCAAUCCGACGGCUGUCACCUGAUUUCGCACCCGGCUCACUUUUUGGGGAACGUCGAUCCGCUUCGACCGUUGAGGAGACUUGAUUCUUGGAACGUUUGGGAACUUCGUCUUCUCUGUUUUCAUUUCUCCCGGACACGAUGGAAACGACGCGACUCGCAUCCCCGGCGCGCGUUCACCGGCGGUGACGAGUCUUGCUUGCGGGCCACAGGGACUUUCAAACCAAAACCAAAAAAAACUAAAACGGAAGAAGAAACCACGACGCCGGCUGCAGGUGUGGAGCAUUGGGACAGAUAAGUUCGACUUCGAUUUUGUCUUUCCUGUCGGGCUGCCGCUGCUGUCCUCUUCCUCUUCCUCCUCCUCCUCCAUCGCUGAGGAACCAGAGACCCCCCCCCCCCCCGAGUGUCCGUGUGACCCGCAGUCCAGAGGAGCGAUGACGGUCAAGCUGGACUUCGAGGAGUGUUUGAAAGACUCGCCACGCUUCAGAGCUGAAAUCGAAGUCGUCCAAAGCGACGUGAGCGAACUCGAGACUCGACUGGACAAGCUCGUGAAACAAUGCCAGGCCAUGGUGGAGGCCGGCCGGGUCUACUGCCAGAGCAGCAAGAGCUUCGUCAACGGCCUCCGGGAGCUGGGACACCAGUGCUCCGGCGACGCGAUGAUGGAGGAGUGCUUACACUCAUUUUCCAAAAAGCUCUCCGACAUCUUGGAGGCACAGGGGGAAGUGAUCGAGACCACGCAGAAGUCGGUCAAGACGAAGCUGCAGAACUUUGUGAAAGAAGAUGUUCGCCGGUUCAAAGACGUGCGCAAGGAGUUUGAGCGCGGCAGCGAAGCCCUGGAGGGGGCGCUGGUGAGGAACGCUCAGGCCCCACGGGGGAAGCCACAUGAGGUGGAGGAGGCCAGCAACGCUCUGCUCAACGCGCGCAGGACCUUUCGGUCGGAGGCCUUGGACUACGUCCUGGAGAUCAAUGUCAUCGAGGCCAAGAAGAAGACGGACAUCCUCAUGGCAAUAUUGUCACUGAUGGAGGCCCAGGCCCAGUUUUUCCAACAAGGCCACCAGUCUCUGUCAGAACUGGACGAGUAUCGACGGAAACUGAACGAAGAGCACACUCAGUUUGUCCUGAACUCAGCCAGAGAGAAGAGGGACAUGGAGCAAAGACACGCUGCAAUCAAGAAAAAGGACAUCUCCUACGAUGACUCCAUCAUGGAUUUCAAUGCCGAUGCAGUUAAUGGGAUUGCCAUGGAAGGAUACCUCUAUAAGAGAGCCAGCAACGCCUUCAAGACGUGGAGCAGGCGCUGGUUUUCCAUACAGAAAAAUCAGCUGGUGUAUCAAAAGAAAUUCAAGGAUCAGCCGACCGUUGUGGUGGAGGACUUGCGUCUUUGCACCGUCAAGCCCAGCGCUGAGAAUGAGAGGCGGUCCUGUUUUGAAGUGGUCUCCCCGUCAAAGUGUUGUUUGUUGCAGGCGGACUCGGAGAGGCAGCAGCAAGCGUGGAUCAGAGCCGUACAAAAUAGCAUUGCCUCAGCCUUUCAGGAGUGCAGAGAGGACGCACACAGCCCGAGACAGCGCUGCAGCUCGGUGUCGGUCGGCAGUUUGGGAGGCGGGGGUGGAGGAGGCGGAGGCGCGGAGCAGGAGAACGAGGGCUGCACGGCGCUGGAGGAGGUCCAGUCGAUCCCGGGGAACCGGCAGUGCUGCGACUGCGGCGAGCCCGGUCCCGACUGGGCCUCCAUCAACCUGGGCAUCACGCUUUGCAUCGUCUGCUCGGGAAUACACCGGAGCUUGGGAGUCCACUUCUCCAAAGUGCGCUCCCUCACUCUGGACUCCUGGGAGCCGGAGCUCGUCAAGUUGAUGUGUGAAUUAGGAAACACGGUGAUCAACAGGAUCUACGAGGCCCGCAUCGACGAGAUCACCAUCAAGAAGCCACACGCCUCCAGUCCCAGAGGAGACAAGGAGUCGUGGAUCCGAUCAAAGUACGUCGAGAAAAAGUUCAUCCAAAAGCUGCCGGAGACCGGCCGGAACCCGCCGCUGAGGCGGUCCAGCGGCAAGAAGGCCCGGGCGACCACGCAGGACCGGACCGCGCAGAGGCCGCCGCUCAAGCCCAAACCAAACCGGGCCACCUUGCCUCGGCUCACAGGGCUGAGCCCUACUGACCUUGUCCAAAAGAACAAUACAAGCCCUCACAAAAACGCGGACGAGGAGGAGGAGGAGGAGGAUCUGAGCGGACUUCACCCCGGAGCGCUGCUGUACCGGUCCGCCGCCCUGCAGAACUUCCCCGUCAUGGCCGACGCUUUGGCUCACGGGGCCAAUGUCAACUGGGUGAAUGUGGCUGAGGAGUCCAGCACGCCGCUGAUUCAGGCCGUCUCAGCGAACGCCCUGGCAGCCUGCGAGUUCCUGCUGCAGAACAGCGCCAACGUCAACCAGGCCGACAGCAACGGCAGAGGUCCGCUGCACCACGCUACCAUCCUUGGUCACACUGGGUUGGUUUGUCUCUUCUUGAAGCGAGGAGCGGACUACAACGCCCGGGACAAGAACCAGAAAGACCCCAUAACCAUCGCCGUGGACAACGCCAACGCCGACAUCGUCACGUUGCUGCGGAUCGCCAAAAUGAACAAGGAGAUGCGGGAGAUGGACGGAGCAUUCGGCCAACCAGCUGGUCUCAACUGCUUGUGCAGUGUGCCACCUACUGAAAAGGGAAAAAAGAAAGAAAGGUGAUGAAACAUACCAGGACAUCUUCAGAGACUUUUCACACAUGGCCUCCAACAACCCCGAGAAGCUCAAACGCCGCAGCGCAGACCCCAAAUUUUAACCGGCCGCCGCCGCCGCCGCCGCCGCCGCCUCCUCCUCGACGCCACAUUUCACACUUCAGCCAGACAUUCAGAAAACCACGCUUGCACACACACACACACUCACUCUUUCCCCUGGCUACGUGCCACAUGGUCGGUCAUAGCUCAGCUGGUGUUGACUUCAGAGGGAUCCGCUCUCCGAAGAGUGAAUUCUUUGUGCGAGCACGUCAGAGCGGAACUAUUGUGCUGCGAGUGGAACCAGCGGGACCAGCGGGAGGUGUCUUCACGUCUAGCCGAGGGUAACGCCAUCAAUCUGCCACCAUUUCCUGAUUAAAUGCAGUAAAUCUAUUGUUUCUUCCUUGCAACCCAAAGGAGCCGUGUUUUAACGUCCAUCUGCCAUUUCCAUCGACUUUUUAUAGGAGAGCGAAGGCGUUUGUUGGAAAUGCACCUAAUUGUUGCAAAAAAAAAAGGGGGCAUUUUUUCACCCUCCGUUGAAUGAUUAUGUAUUGCAGAUUGUUUUGUUUUUUUCUUUCUUCUGAAAUUUUUUCGGACGCCGUUCAUGUCCGUGUUCAUGUGAGGUACUUUGAUCAAAUAAAGCGAAAUGUAAAAACUCA